CUCCUCCGUGCUUUUACAAUUUCUUUGGAGGAGGAGGACGAUCGCGGUGCGUGCGAACUGUGUCGUGGACUAUUGGGAUCUCCUUGCUUGAAUUGGUGGCGACGUCUUCUUCUUCAAGUUCAAGCAUUUGUUGCUUCUCUGUUUCGCACGUCAUCUCAGAAUCCGGCCAUGUCCAAGAGCUCCUUCAAGCUGGAACACCCUCUCGAGAGGAGGCAGGCAGAAGCUGCCCGAAUCAGGGAGAAAUAUCCUGAUAGAAUACCAGUCAUUGUGGAGAAAGCUGAAAGGAGUGACAUUCCAGAUAUCGACAAAAAGAAGUAUCUGGUUCCUGCUGAUCUUACUGUUGGGCAAUUUGUUUACGUUGUCCGAAAGAGGAUCAAGCUUAGUGCUGAAAAGGCCAUAUUCAUCUUUGUCAAGAAUAUCUUGCCACCUACUGCUGCUAUGAUGUCCGCAAUCUACGAGGAGCACAAAGAUGAAGAUGGUUUCCUUUACAUGACUUAUAGCGGCGAGAACACAUUUGGAUUUUGAGUCGAAUUCAAGUGCAACUUUAUCCUUUAUCCUAUGUAUAUAAGAUCCUAAGAGCACAAAACUUUAGUAAAUGUAAAUUGUUUGGUUACCCAGUCCUUAAGUGAGUUGCACCCUCACAAACGCAUCCGUUUCUUUAUUGAUAAAAAAAAUUUGGCGGUAUCUUCUGAACUGGAAGCAGUAGAAUUUAUGGCUUUUCAUGA